CGAGCGAUCUGAUUGGUUGUAGGAGUGAUCUAUGUGCAGCAGGCGGCGGUAGUGCGACACUCAGGAGGUUCAGCUGCCAUUAAACCGCCGAAGAAGAAGAAGAAGAAGGAAAAAGAAGAAGGAGGGUCGUUAACGAUGGCAGCAGCUACCUCAGAGCUACGGGUGGAUCACCUGCCUUCAGACCCGCUGCUGCACAUUUUAUCCUUCCUGGGCUUCAGGGACCUGAUCCAUUGUAGUUAUGCGAGCAGGAGGUUGAAUGAACUCUCCAAACACAACCCGCUGUGGAAAUCCCUCUGCUCCAAACACUGGCUGCUGACAGAUGCGGACCGGCUGCAGAGCGGCGUGUCCUGGUACUGUCUCUUUAAACAGUACUACAGGGACCUGGGCCGCUACAUCCAGUACUACCCGGUGCUGAAGAGAGCCUGGGAGCAGCUGAAGAGCUUCCUGCAGCAGAGGUGUCCACGCAUGAUCGCAUCGCUCAAAGAGGGCGCCACAGAGGUGGAGCUUAACGACAUCGAGGCUCAGAUUGGCUGCAGACUUCCAGACGACUACCGCUGCUCGUACCGCAUCCACAACGGACAGAAGCUGGUCAUCCCAGGGCUGAUGGGCAGCAUGUCCCUGUCCAACCACUACCGGUCGGAGGUGCUGCUGGACGUGGAGACGGCGGCCGGAGGUUUCCAGCAGAGGAAGGGGAUGAGACGCUGCCUCCCGCUCACCUUCUGCUUCCACACCGGACUCAGCCAGUACAUGGCUCUGGAGCCCGCGGAGGGACGCAGGAUGUUCGAGAGCUUCUACCCCUGCCCCGAUCAGACGGCUCAGGAUCCUUCAGCCAUCGACAUGUUCAUCACAGGUUCCUGUUUCCUGGAGUGGUUCACCACUUACGUCCACAACGUCGUCACAGGAGAAUAUCCAAUCAUCAGAGACCAGAUCUUCAGGUAUGUGCAUGAUAAAGGUUGCGUGGCGACCACCGACGACAUCACCGUCUCUGUUUCUACCUCCUUCCUGCCAGAACUUUCCUCCGUCCAUCCUCCGCACUUCUUCUUCACCUACCGCAUCAGAAUAGAGAUGUCGAGCGGCGCCUCGCCUGAAGCUGCCUGUCAGCUCGACAGCCGCUACUGGAAAAUCACCACCUCCGACGGCAACGUGGAGGAAGUUCAGGGACCCGGCGUGGUCGGAGAGUUUCCGGUCAUGACACCCGGAAAGGUCCACGAGUACUCCAGCUGCACCACCUUCUCCACCCCGUCUGAGUACAUGGAGGGGCACUACACCUUCCACAGGCUCGCCAAUAAAGAAGAAGUUUUCCACGUGGCCAUCCCCCGUUUCCACAUGGUCUGCCCCCCCUUCAGAGAGCCAGUGGUCCGAACGCAGAAAGCAUCGACCAGUUUCACGCCUCGCCUCGACGACCACGACGACGACGGCGAGUACUGCGACGGAGAUGGAGACGACUUCGGCGACCUGAGAGGAAUCAACAUGGCCGCGCUGGAGGGAGCGUGGUGCCCCCGACACAUCUGACCCCUGACCCCCUCCCCCCACACACACACACACACACACACACACACACACACUACAGUGUUAAUGGACUGUCAGUUAUUCAGAUCUGAUUGAUGACACUAUAACCCCCUGGAUGACCUGAAUGGCUGACAGACAGCAGGGGAUUCUGGGACAGAGCCAUACAAGGGACAGGAUCACGUCGACUUCCAGCUGUCAGUCAAGACGAAUGAAACAAAAAAUGCGAAUGAGUUGCAGUUUUUUUUAGUUUUCUUCUUCUUCUCGUGUUUAAACUUUUCUCAUGAUGAUAUGAAAGUGUCGGAUAAGCUCGGACAAGAAGGGGCGGGGCGGCGACGUCACCGCCGCCUCCUCCGCUUAAAGUGUUACCGCUGUUCUUCGUGAUGACGAGGACGAGCUGCAACUCCCAGUUUAGAGGUAGAAGAAUCAGAUUUGUGCCGACUGAUGCACCAAUCAGGAGCGAGCUGGAGAUUUGUUGUUGGUUCCUCCGUCAGAAGAUUUGAGGUUCUAUAUAAUAAUCAUAGAGGCCUUUUCCACUGCAGGAACCUAACACAGGUUCUUGUACGUUACGUUUCAUAUUAAAGGGGAAACUCAGUUAGUGGCUGUAGCUUUAUAUUUCCUGCACAGUGGGACUGAUCACUUCUUCACGUUUAGGAACAAAUGUGCAACAAGAUUCAUCAGUUUAUCAUCGGACACGACAAAGAAAAGCACUGAUGAUUCAUUUUCUGUUGAUCCACUAAUGGUUUCAGUUCGGGUCAUAUAACGGCGUCUCUUUACGCCUGGCGGGCUGUUGACGAGCGCCUCACCUGGGCCGCGGCGGCAGGUGAGGCCUCGGGUGAGUUGUGGCUCUUCUGUCCGUCUCCGUUUGUAUUGAUGAGCUGCGUUUACUGACCAGUAGGUGAAGCUGCAGCGCCCUCUGCAGGACCACAGGGCAAACUACCUGAGACACUACAGCUGGUUAGUGAAGCUUGGCGAACACUGACAACAGAUCACACACACACUGAUUAUCAGUUACAGAUAUUAUUAGACAUAUAAGCUAGUUUUCUUUUUUCUCACGCAGCGUCACAUGAAAGGUGACAGCUGCUCUGCUGAUUGGUAGAGAGUGAGGACACAGGCGUGAGACGGACGACAGAUGAAGAUGAUGGUUUUAUCCACUGAGACAGGGACGAAAUGUCCAGCUUCACUUUUCAAGAAACUAUAAUCUCUCUCCAGCGUCAGUCCACACAGUCAGACCGACUCAUCCAUGAAGGUUAUUGUGGCCGUGGAUUCUACAUGAUCUUCACCUUCUGUGUGUUUUUUGAGUAAGAAAAUCAUUUAAUCCGUUAUUUAAUUAAGCCGAUGCCUGGCUGCAGCUCGUGCAGGUGGAUGCAGGUGGAUGCAGGUGCGGCGGUAAAGUGGCGGUUGCUGCCUCCAUGUUACUUUAAGUUCCUGCAGUGGAAGAAAAGGCUAAAAGUUGGUUUUUGAAUCAUGUGUCCUCGUUGCUUCAGAGCUUUUUUUUUUUCUUUUUUUCUGAGUGACAGACAUAGUGUGAAUAUCAGGAACAAACUUUGAUCAGGAGAAGAAGAGGUGAUGUCUCGUGCUCAGUGCUUCACGUUGUUUCCUUAAACUUGAGUUUAUCACAUAAAGUAUUUUUUCUUUUGGAAGCGGCUCCCCUCGUCAGGACGAGCCGUCACUCUCUGAUGUGGUUGCUGGGUUUGUUUUUCUAUGUUUUGGCUAAAUAAAUAAGAAAUACUCGUG